AUGGGUUCAGAAUAUAAAUUUUCAAAGCGAUCUACUGACACUCCUGACAUACCGGAUUUCACCUGCCAUCUCGUUGGUUCAUUGAUCUUGGUGAUGGAGGCUAAAAGAAAGCAUGUUUUAGAAGAUAUGGGCGAAGAAACAUUUCCCGAGUUUUAUCAGACGAGUAAAAGCAAGGAUGUAAUUCAACAAAUCUAUAAUUAUAUGGAAGGAAACGAACUUAGAUAUGGCAUUCUUACCACCUAUGAUAAUCACUGGUUUCUACGACGAGAGCAUGCAAAGCUCUGGAUCUCAAAAACUCUCUCACUUCAGUCCGAAUCUCCACCAGUUCUCAAGGCAUAUGCAUGUCUAACUCGACGGGCGAAAGAGAAUCCCAACUCUCCUAAACCUCAAGUAUUAGUGCCGGCUCAAGGGGACAAUAAUUCAUGUACUCUUCGAUCUCAUUCAAAAUCAUCUUCCAAUUUCUCAUUAAAUAAUCAGACUUCCAGUACCUCUAUGAAUCAACAAUCGUCUUCUGCCUUUGGCGCUUCUAACAACCCCCCUGUAGACCAGGAAAAGUUUAGCUUCACAGACUUCAAGUUUAAGGGCAUACUAGGUGAAGGACGAAGUGAAGAAAUGCAAAAAGAAGUCGAGAUUUAUAAAGACCUAGCCGAUAUUCAAGGCAAGUAUAUCUCCAAGUUGGUCUGUUAUGGAUAUUAUGGAGGAGGUAUGAGUUUCGUUAUAGGUAUGACUAUUGUCGGCACUUCGUUGAGCGAGCAAAAAAUAAAGAAACAGCAAAAGUCAAGGGCUAUUAAGGGAUUAGAAGCGAUCCACAAGCAUGGCAUCCUUCAUAAUGAUAUUUGGGAGGAAAACAUCUUAAUUAAUGAUAACGACGAUAUCUACCUGAUUGACUUCGGGAUGGCAAGUCAGGAGGACACAAAAAAGAAGAGAAAACCUUUCGAGGAGGAACAGCUCAAAUACUCUAACUUACUAGAUAGAUAUAAUACAGACAAUAACGAGAAAAGCAAACAGUUAACUUCCCGUCAAUCAGAUGUUACUUCUAAAGAAAUGAUUUCAGGAUAUGAUCAGAAUACUAUAAAUGAGAUAGAGCCUCAAAGCUCUGUUUCCUCGAAUACUAUUAAUCUGGUAUCGAAUGUAUAUGAGAUGACGGAU